AUCAAAAGCCUUAUCACAAAAUUGAAUUUGAUAGGCAGAGAAAUAGCCACACAGGCUUAUGUAGACCUUCACUUAGCCAACACCUCUCAAUUCCCUUCAAUCCUUACCCUUGUUUCUUAACCAUCUUUUCUUCCCUCUAUAUUUCUUUUUAUCUUAAUUUCGUAACCACAGAAAUUUCCUGCUUUCAUUGUGUCCUUCAAUCCAAGGUACGAUUUUUCUUUUGGGUUAUUAUAUACAGUACAUUACAUAUAAUAUAAUUUUUACUCAAUAUCCCACUUCAAAAACCUUGAUUGCUCAUUAAAUUUUACAUUUUUCUUUCUGAUUUCUUUGCAUUUUGCUUAUUUGUGUGUUUGUUUAGUUGGUAUAUUCUUGUUUUAGGUUGUUUUUUUUGAUUAAGAUUGGGAGGAAUGACAUGUUUGAUGAGUAUUUUUAGUUGGGUAUUGUAAAUUUUUGGUGUUUUUAUUUGGAUUUUGGAACUUGGGUGGUGUUUAUAUGCUUAUGAUUGCAAACCUUACACUUUAAAGAGUGGUUAUGGCAACAAUGGCUUCCCUAGUGAGUUUGGGAAGCUCUGGAGCAACUUGCUCAGGGCAAUUGGAGGUUUCCUUUUCAUUGGUUAAGAAAAUUACAUUGCCUAGAAGAAAUAGUAGUUGCAAUUUUAGGCAAUUGGGAGGGGAGAGGAGAUGGCGUUACGUUUCGGUGUGUAGACUUUCUGUCAUUACUGAUUAUGUUUCUGAGCAAGGAAAUGCUGUUUCUCUUGAAAAUCCAUAUAGUGAGAGUAAAGAAGAGGGCCUCAUCUUGAAGCCUUCGCCUAAACCGGUUUUAAAAUCCGGGUCUGAUGGAAAUCGGAAAUUUGGGGAGAGUUCGGUGGCGUUUUCGAGUAAUGGGAAAUUGGAUAAUGUGGAGGAGAGGAAGAAGGUUAUUGAAUCAUUGGAUGAGGUAUUAGAAAAGGCUGAGAGAUUAGAAACGGCGAACUUACAAGCCGAUAAUAGAAAGGAUAGCACAAAUGUAAAUAAACCGUCUCCGAGUAUAAGUAGUUCAACCAAUGGUAAACCUGUAAAUAAUUUGAACAAAGGGAAGCCUAAGGCUGCGAAGAGUGUUUGGAGAAAGGGAAAUCCAGUUUCUACCGUGCAAAAAGUAGUUCAAGAAUCUCCGAAGAUUGAAAAGGUUGAGAGAGUGGAAGCUCGAACGGACAGCCAAUCGACUGAAACUAUAAGACCUCCAUUGCCACUACAGAGGCCUGAGAUUAAGUUGCAGGCAAAGCCUUCUACCGCUCCUCCACCCAUGCCUAAGAAGCCGGUUUUGAAGGAUGUGGGGAUGUCUUCCAGAGCUGAUGGAAAGGACCAGUCUGUGAAAUCGAAAGAGAGGAAGCCUAUUCUAGUGGACAAAUUUGCCACCAAGAAGGCAUCAGUUGACCCGUCGAUUGCUCAAGCAGUAAUUGCCCCACCAAAACCCGCUAAACUUCCCUCUGGAAAGUUUAAAGAUGAUUAUAGGAAGAAGGGUCUUGCAGCUGGUGGACCGAAGAGGCGUAUGGUUGACGAUGAUGAUAUUGAAAUGCAUGAAGACACUUCAGAGCUUGGUCUUUCUAUUCCUGGUGCUGCUACGGCUCGGAAAGGGAGGAAAUGGAGUAAGGCAAGUCGCAAGGCUGCCAGACGCCAAGCAGCUAGAGAUGCCGCUCCUGUUAAAGUGGAAAUCUUAGAGGUUGAAGAAAAGGGCAUGUCGACUGAAGAAUUAGCAUACAACUUGGCUAUUAGUGAAGGUGAAAUUCUUGGGUACCUUUAUUCUAAGGGGAUUAAACCAGAUGGGGUGCAAACUCUUGACAAGGCAAUGGUAAAGAUGAUCUGUGAAAGAUAUGACGUGGAGGUUUUGGAUGCGCUUAAUGAACAAAUGGAAGAAAUGGCACGGAAAAAGGAAAUUUUUGAUGAUGAUGACCUUGGCAAGCUUGAAGAUAGGCCUCCUGUGCUUACUAUAAUGGGUCAUGUAGAUCAUGGAAAGACAACCCUUCUGGAUUAUAUACGAAAGAGCAAGGUUGCUGCUUCUGAAGCUGGUGGGAUUACACAAGGUAUUGGUGCUUAUAAAGUGGAAGUACCGGUUGAUGGCAAGUUGCUGCCUUGUGUCUUUCUUGACACUCCUGGACACGAGGCGUUCGGGGCAAUGAGGGCUCGUGGAGCAAGAGUGACAGAUAUUGCUAUCAUUGUCGUAGCUGCUGACGAUGGGAUCCGUCCUCAAACAAAUGAAGCCAUAGCACAUGCAAAAGCAGCUGGUGUACCUAUUGUGGUUGCAAUUAAUAAGAUUGACAAGGAUGGGGCUAAUCCAGACCGUGUGAUGCAAGAGCUCUCGUCAAUUGGUCUAAUGCCAGAGGAUUGGGGUGGUGAUACCCCAAUGGUCAAGAUCAGUGCUCUGAAAGGUGAAAAUGUGGACGAGUUACUCGAGACAGUCAUGCUUGUCGCCGAGUUGCAAGAGUUAAAGGCAAAUCCUCAGAGGAACGCUAAGGGCACUGUAAUUGAGGCUGGUCUUCAUAAAUCAAAAGGACCCAUUGCCACUUUUAUUGUUCAGAAUGGUACCCUCAAACAAGGAGAUACUGUAGUUUGUGGGGAAGCAUUUGGGAAGGUUCGUGCCUUAUUUGAUCAUGGAGGGAGUCGCGUUGAUGAAGCUGGUCCAUCUAUUCCCGUGCAGGUUAUUGGAUUGAAUAAUGUUCCUUUUGCCGGUGAUGAGUUCGAGGUAGUGAGUUCCCUUGAUAUAGCUCGUGAAAAGGCAGAGGUCCGUGCAGAGUCUUUAAGAAAUGAGCGUAUAGCUGCUAAGGCUGGAGAUGGAAAGGUUACCUUGUCAUCCUUGGCAUCAGCUGUUUCUUCCGGGAAGAUGGCUGGUUUGGAUUUGCAUCAGCUAAAUAUAAUUUUGAAGGUUGAUGUUCAGGGAUCAAUCGAGGCAUUGAGGCAAGCUCUAGAAGUUCUUCCUCAAGAUAACGUCACUUUGAAGUUUCUCUUACAAGCGACCGGAGAUGUUACUACAAGUGAUGUUGAUCUUGCAGUUGCUAGUAAAGCUAUUAUCUUGGGGUUCAAUGUGAAGGCACCAGGUUCCGUCGAAAAAUUAGCAGAUAACAAAGGUGUUGAAAUUCGGCUUUAUAAAGUCAUUUAUGAUCUAAUUGACGACAUGCGGAGUGCAAUGGAAGGAAUGCUAGAUCCCGUUGAGGAACAAGUUGCAAUUGGUACUGCCGAGGUGCGGGCUACAUUUAGUAGUGGUAGUGGCCGUGUCGCUGGAUGCAUGGUGACCGAGGGAAAGAUUACCAAAGGCUGUGGGAUUCGAGUGAUACGGAAGGGAAAAACUGUCCAUGUUGGAGUCCUUGAUUCGUUGCGUCGAGUAAAGGAAACUGUCGAAGAGGUAAACAUCUGUAUUACGUUCCCUUUAUUCUCAUCAUCCUCGCUUCCCAACAGUUAUUGGACAAACAGAUCUUACACUUUUACUAUGGGUUGUUCGGAAAAUGAUUGUUGGUUAUUGCAUGUGGUUGUGGUUGUUGUUGGUUGUUGCUCGUUGGCUAAUUCACUAAGCUUGAUUGACCAACUGAAAGUGUUUUGUUUUUAUGGCUUUUUGAGCUAAUCGAAUAAGUUCCGAAAUAUUUGGUAAAAGUAGGUAUUCGUUAUUCAUCACAGAAAAAGUGGGACAACAAGCGAAAAGCCAAUAAAUAAAGCUACUCAAGGCAGCUUUUUCUAUUUAAUUUAAAAGUUGGCUUUUCAGCUGGCUUACAAGUCAUUUACCAUAAAAGUUAUUUUGCUGUUUAACCAACCAACAAUCCGAAUCCCAAAAGCCUACCAAAAAGCUAUUGCCUAAAGUUGUUUAACCCCAAUACCAACUAGCUUCUUUCCGAUUGACCGUUGAUUGCAAACAUCAUCUGUAACUUCACAUAAACUAAAAAGCGCAAAUAAUUUAACAAGCCAUUAGUUAUCCAAGCGUCCUAUAAAUUAAAGUAUUGCACUAACUGGCUAGGGUUUCAUACACACAUCUUGAGCAUAGGUAUUUCUGCAACACUCGAUUAAAUGCCGUUUGUUACUGAACGUGUAGCAAGUAAGUGCAACUCGCACGCUCAUACUGCUUACAAAAGUUGAUGAAUUUUCUACUUUUCAGGUGAACAAUGGACUUGAAUGUGGAAUCGGAUUGGAAGACUACGACGAUUUCGAGGUUGGUGAUACGUUAGAGGCUUUUAAUUCCGUCCAAAAGAAACGAACCCUUGAGGAGGCAUCAGCCCAAGUCACAGCUGCGCUGGAAGGAGCCGGUGUUUCUCGAUAAUAAAAGCCCAAACACGAUAUCAUUUGAACGGUAAGGCACACUGGUUCUGUCACCUCAGGGAGAUCUCGCCCCGCUCCUGCAUAUCUGAAACUCGAAUAAACUGUUUACUCAGACGAGAUUUGAACGACUAUGCUCAAUAACGUAUACCCGAGUUCCAAUUCUCGGAUGUGCUGCGACGUGUUAUCGAGUGAGAUAUGCUGUACAUAAUGGUAUAUGAGAAUCGAAUCGUUAGCUUUUGUCGAAAUGUAGUAGUGAAAAUACCUACAUAUUCUUUGCUGGCAGCAUUUUGUAACAGCUAUACAGUACUACACCUUGUAAAGGAAAACUUGUUUAAUGUCAAAAGGAAAGGCGAUACAUUGCGUACUUCAUUAUUAUCGUAUAAAAGUACUUUGUUCGUUCGUUCUGGAA